AUGUCAUGCGACGUUCGCCCCGUCAUCACAUCCACCACAACCCUCUACGUCAACCCCUACGAAACGCCCCCAUCCUGCCCAUGCACCCCAUCCUCCCACAGCCAUCGGACAUCCAUCUCCUCCUCCAGGCGCUGCCCUUCCCAUGGCUGCUGCAGCCUCGACGUCACCACCUACCGCUGCGCGCGCCAAUGUCGAAAGCUGACAAAAUACCACCGGUACGUCUGCACAUAUGACUCCGAGCCCCAGCGACUUCCUGCCCACUCACACCGACAGUCGGGCUCGCACUUCCACUCAUACCCGUACUCAAGCCCACACCCCUCCCGAGCAAACCCUACCCCCUUCGCGACACCACACCGCGCACCCUGGCGUACCCUCCGCACCUUUGACCGCAACCCAGACUUCUGCGCCGUCGAGUCCUCCGACUUCCACUUCGCCGUCUCCGAGCUCCUCGACAUCGGCCGCGUCCUCCUCCACGCCGAGUCGGAGCUCGAAAAGGCCCGGCUCCGGGUCGAGAGGGAACGCGCGCGGCACCGGAGCGCCCACGGCGCGGCGUGCGAGCGGGUCCUGCAGGAGUGGGAAUGCGGCUGGACGCGGCGCAUCGGGGACAUGGUCGUCGAGACGGACGAUCUGAAGCUGAGCAUCGAGGUUUUGGCGGAUUGCUGGGUCAAGUACGUGGGCUUGCUGAGAAAGUACGAGCUGCUGGGGCAGCGGAGGGUCGGUGGGAUCGUUGAAGAUCGGGGGCAGGGGAAGUAUCGGGGUGACGGUAGCUCCGGGGAAGUUGGACGGGACGAAGAUGCUAGGCCGUGGAGAUAUGCUCGCCGAGAGAGUUGGGAUCGGAAAUAUGACGGUCGUGAGGGGCGUCAGGGGAAGGUGCAGACUCACAAGCGUGAGUGUGGUCCUGAACAAGUACGGAGGCGAGAAAGGCGUCAGUCGGUUCGAUUCCAUGACGAGGUUAACAGGAGACGGAAAAGUCACCAUGGUUCGUCGGAUGGCAAGCGGCAGCGAAGUUGGUGGAGAUUCUAA